GCUGAACCUUCGAGAUGGAUCGUCAAAGGGCCCAGUGAUUUCGUAUCCAUUCUAUUUGUGUGUGUCGUAGUGACGUAUAUUUUACCUGUCCUUGAGAUCUUUGGAAUAUUAAAAUAUUAAUGGUUAUUUUCCAAUUCCUCAAGAGUGUAACUUUUGAUAUACUCAAAAAAUCACCCAUUAUAUACUAAAAGAGAACGAGAAAAAAAGGUUGAAAAGGUUUACAGUCCUUGAUUCUUCGAGAAUACACCACACACACACACACACACACACAGUCCCCCAAACAAAAUGUCCGAAUCAACAUUCCACGUCACGAGCGAAGACGUCCGUAAGAUGGAAGCAAAAGAAUCAAAGUUCCAUGACGGCAAGACACCCAAGGAUUCUGAUGCUUCUGCCAUGAAGCAAAUACUUUCCGAACAAGAAAGCAAAGAGGCCGAAAUCGACCGGGUCAAGGCCGGUCUCCCUCUACCCGAACAACCCGUCGGCGGGGCGAGCGCGGACCUACAAUCCGCGGAUCAACGCACCGUCAACGUCGGCAGCGGUGGCGUCAACGUCAAGUUGGGCACUCAGUCGUCGGAAGGUCUGAGGGUACCGGCCACGGCGGAGAGCAGCGUGAGGACCGACGGCGCUGAGUGGAAGAAGGAAACCGCCCCAUGAACGAUGCCUACGAGUUUUUGGUGCGAGUACUUUUGAACGUACGUCUGAUGAACCUUUUCUUUGGAUCCCAUGCCCUCUACGUGGGAGUUUUUUCGAAAAGAAAAGAGACAGUCUUGACGAUGAUGGUAGUGGCAGUGGCACAAUGAAUGCUCCAGCUGCUUCCUCGGUUCCUUGUUAAUAUCCCGGUAGUAGAACCCUCAAAAAUGCAAUCAAAAGACUUGGAAAAAUAAAGACAAGAACAUCUGAUAAGAAAUGUGUCAUUUCACAUUACGAGCCCCAUCAUCACUCGUAAUCGUGGUGCUGAGCAUGUUUGAUUUUGUUCCGAAGCGCAUUUUUCCCCCAUGUCCUUCGUCCUCCUCAUCAUACUCUCGUAGCGAG